AAGCAAAGCACUGCGAGAGCCAAAAAGUACUUAGAAAUCAAAAGAGAAAACUGACAAAUAAUGGGCGGUGGUCGGGUUCUUCAUCAUCUUCUUCUUCACGCUUCUCGCAGGUCGCUCUUCUCUCCUAGUUUUCGUACCACCGGAAGACUCCACUCUUUCUUCACCCACAAUUUCAAAACCCUGCAAUUUCAGAAACCCCGUUAUCAUUCCUCUUCUAAUUUGCUUAGUUUCUCUCUGAAACGACCCAUCUCUGCUGUAUACCAUUAUCCGAAUCGGUUCCUGAACACCGACUCCUCCAAGAGCAGUAAUUAUCAAGAGAAUGGCACCGAGGAAAACGCACUUCGAUUAUGUUUUAAUGUUGCAGAUGAAACAACUGAAGAGGGAAAAACAGAGGAAUGGGAAGAAGAAGAGGAAGUAGAACCCCAAGCUGGUGAUGGUGGGGAUGGCGGUGGAGUUGUGUUGCAAGGUGUCCCUUGGGGUGAACGGGCUCUCUCUAUUGCCCGUGAGGUCUUGUUGCAGUUUGGUGAUGAAAUGGAACUCUAUGCUUUCAAGACUACUCCUCGUGGAUAUGUUUAUGUGAGAUUGGAUAAGCUCUCAAAUGAAUAUGGUUGUCCCACCAUGGAGGAGCUUGAAAGCUACUCCCAAGAAUACAUGAAAAGAUUGGAGGAAGUUGGAGCACUUGGAGAAAUACCCGACGAUUUGGCUCUUGAGGUAUCAUCUCCUGGUGCAGAGAGAAUACUAAAGGUGCCAGACGAUUUAUGUCGUUUCAAAGAAAUGCCUAUGAGGGUAUACUACACAGAAAAUGCAGAGCCUGGUCCAGAAAAGGAUGGAAUCUUUUUUCUGGAGUCCAUUGAAAAAGAAUCAGAGAACUGUGUAUGGAAGUUGGCAGAUGUGAAAGAAAACAGGGACCCUGAAAGUAAAGGUAGACCAUUAAGCCGUAAAAUGAGAGACUGGAGACUAAAAUUGCCAUUCAAAAUGCAUAGACGAAUAACUUUAUAUCUUGAAUUCUGAAAUACCAUUAGCUACAUUGUGUUUUCUGACCUACGCUUACUACUUCUGUUCAAGAGUUCAAUCAUGAAAUAGAAUAUUUCUAGCUGCCUAUAUUCUUCAA